AAGAUGUGCAUGAGAGGUCAGGAAACAGACGAUGAAGUGAGUGAUUCUGGAGAGGAAAAGCUCCCCAUAGUGUUCUGCAAGGAGUACAAUGUGAGAUUCUGUGGAAUCGAGAGACUUGUCAGCACAAAUACUGCUGCCGCGAAGGGUGAUGGGAUCUUCCGGAGAUUGUGUGAGGAGGACUUCAUCAGGGAAUCGUCUGUUCAUCGGCCCAGGAAGGAGAUCUCGCGGCAGGAGUUGAAAGUGGUGCACACGAAACGAUACCUGAACAGCUUGCGAUGGAGUGUCAAUGUGGCCAAGAUAACCGAAGUGCCAAUUCUGCUGUUGCUGCCCAUAUUCUGCGUGGAGAGAGGAUACUUGCGGCCGAUGCGCUUCCAGACGGCGGGCAGUCUCAUGGCGGGCGACUUGGCGUUGCGCCACGGCUGGGCAAUCAAUCUGGGCGGAGGUUUUCAUCACUGCAGUGGCAACAGAGGCGGCGGAUUCUGCGCUUAUGCAGACAUCAGUCUCCUCAUAAAGCGCCUCCUGGGCUCACCUCAUGGCGUGCGACGCGUCAUGAUUGUGGAUCUGGACGCUCACCAGGGAAAUGGCCACGAGAGAGACUUCAUGGAUGAUGAGAGAGUAUUCAUCAUGGACAUGUACAACGCCAGCAUUUAUCCGCGUGACAAGGAAGCCAAGGUGGCGAUCAGGAGAAAGGUUGAACUCCAUCCCUAUACACAGGAUCGUGAGUAUCUCCACAAACUCCGCUCCAAUCUCGACGCCGCGCUUGCCGAGUUUCCACCCGACGUGAUAAUCUACAACGCCGGCACGGACAUCCUGGACGGAGAUCCACUGGGUGCGCUCUCCGUCUCGCCCGAGGGCGUCAUCUUACGCGACGAAGAAGUCUUCAAACGCGCCAUCCGCGCAAACAUUCCGAUUGUGAUGCUCCUCAGUGGCGGAUACUUGCGCUCAGCCGCCAGCGUGAUUGCCAACUCUGUUCUCAACCUCAGCGCCAAAGGAUUGCUGCCCAGACGCCACUAAACCCCAUUCCCGACACAAAUUUCCUUUCAAUGUGCAAUAAAUAUUUACUUAAAUAUUGUCA